UGAGAGAACGAUGGCAGAGCACUAACGCAGCAUAACUAAAAGUGUGCCGUUGGAAGUGACAGCUCGCGCUUGAUCGCUGUGGUCGCAGCUUUGGCUUCCCACGGCUGAGCUCACGCAUUACGGCGCCGCGUCGGCAGCACAUCCACGCGCACCAACAGCUGCAACCUUGCCCAGAAGCGGAGGGUAACGAGGGUUUACAGUCGUCUCGGCUGCAAUGGCAGGCACGAAAAUAACAGCAUUGCGGGACUAGAGUGCCGGUGAUCAUCAAGCGAACAACUUGAGAACUUCCCCCCCGUCUGAGUUAUUUACCUUGAGUCACGCCGCAGUCCCUUAUCGGUCGUCCUUUCCGUGGGCACGUGCAGGGGAAAGCGUCAGCUCCCUGGUUCGAAUGCGUUCCUAAAUAAUUUCUUCCCAUUUUAAUAGGGAAACGGACCUGGGCGCUUCCUGACGGUAUCGACAAACACGACUAAAAACGCCGCGAACGUGGGCUGGAUACUACCUCGCGCAUACCUGUACAGUUGCUGCAUACGCAAUGUUGUGAGCGUGACCAUUCGACACUGAGCGGAAACCACAGCUGUCUGUCUCUAGUGGAGGGGGGUUUUUUUAUUCCAAAAGACGCCAACUUCAGAUCUCUGGAAGCCGAACGACUGAAUUAUGGAGGGCAUCGGAUUCAGGACCUUGGACAGCACCGGAUUACAGCUGUUCAUAUUAGUUCUUUUCACUUGUCUGUCUCGCAUACUGGCGGAACAAGAAGUUGAAAAUCUCUCAGGGUUGUCUACGAACCCGGACAAAGACAUAUUCGUGGUGCGGGAAAACGGAACCACUUGCUUAAUGGCUGAGUUUGCGGUCAGAUUCGUGGUUCCAUACGACGUCCUGGCACUCAAUGGUAUCGAUCUGAUUACGGAGCAAGCUUCGCUCGCGCUGCCCCGUGGCGCAGAGAUCGAGGGGAGAUGCGGGAACACGGAAGCGGAGCUUCAGAUAUCAUGGAUAAACGACGCCUACACGUUUCGCAUCUUCUUCAUUAAGGAAGUGUCAAAAGGAAAGGAAAUAUGGAAGAUCAGCAAGGUUCAGCUGGUUUAUGACACCUCUGAAGCGACACACUUCAUGAAUGCAUACAACCCGGGGAAGCACACUGCCACCACACACCGUCUCUCGGCGCUGGUGACCCCGGCCGGGCGCUCCUUUGAGUGCCUAGCAGUGCAGAGCCUCACGCUCAUCUCCACCGACCACCAGAAAGGGGUGAGCGUCUCCAUGUCCGACAUCCGGAUACAGCCCUUCGACAUCCAGAGUGACUUCACCUUCGGCCCAGCCUAUAAGUGCAUCACGGACCAGAGGGAGCAGCUGGAGGAGACCCUGCCCCUGAUCCUGGGCGUCAUCCUGGGCCUGAUCAUCGUCAUCACGCUCUCCGUCUACCACGUGCACCUCAAAAUGACCGCGCAGCAGCCGCAGCUGCCCCGGGACCGCUCGCUCUACAAGAACAUGUGAGAGAGGGAGAGAGCGGCUCGCCCGGCCGCGUGCCCGUGCCCAACCCCAGCUGCGACACAAGCCAGAUUCUCACACAGUCACCCACCCACCCCCUAACAGCCCUUAACCCUUCCAUAGCUUAUAAGUACCCGACAAUCUUGCUAAUCCCUUCCUACAGUCGCAAACCCUUUUACAUUCCCAAAUCCCUUUUACAUUCCCAAACACUCCUACAGUACAUUCCCAAAUCACUUUACAUUCCCAAAUCCCUUUUACAUUACCAAGUCUCUUUUACAUUCCCAAACCCUUUGACAUUCCCAAAUCUCUUUUACAUUCCCAAAUGCCUUUUACGUUCCCAAACACUCAAACUAUCACAAAUCCUAUCACAUUCCAUAAAACUGUUACAUUCCCAAAUCCAUUCCGCACUCCCUAUCAGUCUUACAUUCCCAAAUCCCUUACAUUCCCAAUCACUGAAACAUUCCCAAAUCCCUUCCGAAGCUCCCUAGGCAGUGGCACACCACACCGUUUCUUGCUCUCUUAGUUCCCCAAGCCUGCAGUUUUCCGUUUGGAGGUGUUUUAUUAAUUAUCUUUGUUUAUUUAUAUGUAAAAUGAGCUGCAAAGAGAAAAACAGCCGAAGCAGAGCCUAUGCUGUGAGCUCGCUGGAGCGUCCCUGUUCUGAAAUGCCGUGUUUGUGGGUGGAAGUGGACAGUGUUGUGUGGUGGGUGGAAGUGGACAGUGCUGUGUGGUGGGUGGAAGUGGACAGUACUGUGUGGUGGGUGGAAGUGGACAGUGUUGUGUGGUGGGUGGAAGUGGACAGUGCUGUGUGGUGGGUGGAAGUGGACAGUGUUGUGUGGUGGGUGGAAGUGGACAGUGCUGUGUGGUGGGUGGAAGUGGACAGUGUUGUGUGGUGGGUGGAAGUGGACAGUGUUGUGUGUUGUGUGGUGGGUGGAAGUGGACAGUGUUGUGUGGUGGGUGGAAGUGGACAGUGCUGUGUGGUGGGUGGAAGUGGACAGUGUUGUGUGGUGGGUGGAAGUGGACAGUGUUGUGUGGUGGGUGGAAGUGGACAGUGUUGUGUGUUGUGUGGUGGGUGGAAGUGGACAGUGUUGUGUGUUGUGUGGUGGGUGGAAGUGGACAGUGUUGUGUGGUGUGCAAGAGCUCAGUACUGAAGCCUGGAUUCAUCGCAGCGCAGUCACCUGUGUGUUUCACGUGUGCCCCACCUGUGUCUCACCUGUGCCCCACAUGUCUGUAUGUCCGACAGCCUGCUACCUUUCUACACAUCUCGCUCUUUAAAAAUUACCAUUAAAAAUGGCUCAUAUUUUCAUUUGAAUGUAUAAAUCUGUAAAAUGUCUAAAUAAAUCUAUGAAGAUAAGGGAAAAUUAAAAUGUAUGCAUACGAAGGAUUCUGAGAGUUUAAGUCCAUAAGUAUGUCUUAAUCUAUUGCUUUAAGGGAAAAGUACAUCAGUGUCCAAUUUUAAAACAUAAGAGUUUUACUUUGGAAGUACAAUAUUUUAAGAAUUACUAUGCAUAAGGAAAAACAGUAAAACAAUGAAAAUUUAAUUGUGUGGAAUUCUGUUUAUGAAAAUAAAUCAUUCAACACUU